AUGUUGCAAGAUAGGAUUAGUGAUUUACCAGAUUCUCUCAUACAUGAAAUCCUCUCUCACUUAGAGAUGAAAGACGUAGUAAAAACCUGCGUCCUUUCCACUCGUUGGAAACACGUCUGGACGCAAAUAUCAGUUCUCAACUUCAAGCAACGCCACCACAUAGGAUAUAGAUUAUUUGACAGAUCAGUUGAGGAUUUCUUCCGCUUCGUCUGCUGUUCGCUUGCUCUCCACAAAUGCCCAAAGAUCCACAGAAUCCGACUCUCCAUCCAACACCCUACAAGAGAGGGAAAUUUCUGUAACGAACAAAUUCAUGGGUUAAUCCACUUUGCUAUUGCACGAAAAGCCAGAGAGCUCAAACUGGACAUAUCCUACCCCUACGUUCUAAACCUCUCUCUACUUGAGAUGGGGUCGCUAGAGGUGUUAAAGCUUCACCUCUGCACCCUCAAACUCCCUCCUCCAGCUUUCAAAGGCUUUAAAAACCUCAAGACGAUGUCCCUCUUAGGUGUGUCUUUUAAUGGUGGCAAUGUGGGAGAGCUCUUGGCUUGCUGUCCAAUACUUGAAUCUUUGACGGUCAUUGAUUGUCAUGAUGAUAUUAGAAUUCAUGUUUCUUCUUCAAAUAGGCAGCUUAAGCACUUAUCUUUGAAAGGAGAACAUAAGUUGGAUAUUUGUGCCCCAAAUCUUUUAUCAUUGGACAUCUCUAUGCCCAUCAACACGUUUAAUUAUUCGCUCGUAACUUCAUCUUCACAAACUAAUGUGUGCCUUGAUCUUUACUUGGAAUUGUAUUGGGUUAUCGCAAUCACAAUAAGUGAGGUUAGAGUGAUGCAGAAGAUUCUGAAAGAUGUUCAUCGUGCUAGAGUUCUUGAACUAUACAGUACUUGCAUUCAGGUGUUGUCUAUGUGCGAAUUAGAGCAGCUAUCAUCUCCCAUCUCUAUGCAUAAGUGUUUGGUACUAAAUUCAGCAUUGGGAAAGUGGGAACUUCCAGGUAUAGCUUGUUUGUUGAGGAGUUCACCUGAUCUUGAGAGUCUUUUGGAUCAGACCUUUAUGGACAAACAUGAGUAUGUUAUAGAAGGAUAUUUGGAAUCACAAUUCUCUUGUCUUCUACAUCACCUCAAGACUAUCAAGAUAUCUGGCUUCACUAAGGGGAUGUUUCGUAUCAACAAUAGCAAAAACAAAAUAAAACUCGUGAAAGUCUUGCUAAAGCAUGCCGUGGUCUUAGAGAAAAUGACUAUUCAAAUCACUCAUAUACCAAAUUAUUCUUGUGAUAAGGUAAACUUGUCAAGAUUACUGUUAAAGUUGGAGAGAAAAUUUCAAGCUUUUAAGAAAGCCUCUACUCACGCAGAAAUAUUGUUCUCGUAUGAUUUCGAUGAAUGA